ACGUUGAGCGGAACUCUUAAAGAUAGCUGAAGUGGAAUCAUACUUAUUUUUCGCAGAAAUAUCCCCAAUAUGUCCCAGUUUUUCCAUCUGGUGCUUGGCCUCACCCUGCUGGUAGUUGCACACUUCGAAGGGGUUCUGACUUAUAGACAAAACGUUUGCUCCCGCAAUGCCUAUGUAACUUACACUCAUUCGGUCUACAAGAGCAAAAGGGUGCCUUACCAGCACCAUUCCUUUUGGGGUGGCUGGCAGACUAGAUAUCGCACUCAGUAUGGAUGGGAAAAUGAGGUGGACUACAAAUGGGACACCAAUUACUUCUGCUGUCAAGGUUACACAGGAUCCGUCGAUAACUGCAAGCCAGUAUGCUCAAAAGACUGUCCUGUGAAUGGCUUCUGCGCAGCCCCAAAUCAGUGCCAAUGCAACGAGGGCUACGCUGGAGCCGAUUGCCACCCCCUGUGCCCCGGGGGUUGCGGCAAGAACGAGGUGUGCGACAGACCCAGUCAGUGCAUUUGCCAGAAGGGCUACGAGCGGAAAGCCCUCGGUGACAGCUGCCUUCCCGUGUGCGCCGAAGGAUGCGGGAACAACAGUUUCUGCGCGGAGCCAGCCAUGUGCGAGUGCCUGCCCGGCUACGCCAUGUCGAAGGAAAGCUCCGCCUGCCUACCAGUCUGCGAGGGUUGCGGCAAGAACGAAGUGUGCGACAGACCCAAUCAGUGCAUCUGCCAGAAGGGCUACGAGCGGAAAGCCCCAGGUGACAGCUGCCUUCCUGUAUGCGCCGAAGGAUGCGGGAACAACAGUUUCUGCGCGGGGCCAGCCAUGUGCGAGUGCCUGCCCGGCUACGUCAUGUCGAAGGAAAGCUCCGACUGCCAGCCAGUCUGCGAGCCUGCGUGUGGGCCAAACACCCGCUGCCAGGAACCGAACGUUUGCGCCUGCUUAGAAGGAUACCAGAAGGAUGGCCAGGAUCAGUGCGCGCCCUUCUGCGAGCAGGAGUGUGGCAACCACAGUCGGUGCGUGAGGCCAGGAGUGUGCGAAUGCGAGACCGGGUAUUCCGCCGGGAGUUCUGGCUGCCAACCCGUUUGCUCCAGCUGCCCGGAGCAUGGAUCCUGCUUCCGGCCGGAUGUAUGUAUUUGCAAUCCCGGCUACGUCAUGAAGGGUGAUCGCUGCGACCCGCAUUGCGCGGAGGAGUGUCAGGACUAUGCCCGCUGCGUGGCGCCCAACGUGUGCGAGUGCUAUCCGGGUUACGAGUCCACCGGUGACACCGGCAAGUGCCAGCCCAAGUGCAGUAAGGGCUGCCCCAACGGCUUCUGCUUCUCGCCCGAAAAGUGCGUCUGUCUAAUCGGCCACUUGAUGGGUCCCGAUGAAACCUGCGAGCCGCAGUGCAGCCUUCGCUGUAUUAACGGCAGGUGCACUGAACCGGAGACCUGCUCCUGCGAUCCGGGCUAUCGAUUCAAGAACGGCUCCCAGCAUGAGUGCGAGGCGAUCUGCGAAGGAGGCUGCAUCAACGGGGAUUGCGUGGCGCCGGACGUUUGCCUCUGCCACCAGGGCUACCAGCCGGAGGACAACAGCUCUGUUCCCUCCGUAUGCCAUCCCGUCUGCCAGGCAACCUGUGUGAACGGCACCUGCUCCGCUCCGGAUGAGUGCAGCUGCCUGGCCGGGCACGUCAAGUCCUCGGCCACCACCUGCCAGCCUCACUGUUCCGGGGACUGCGGCUUCGGGGAUUGUGUGGCCCCGGAGGAGUGCCGGUGCUGGCCGGGAUACGAGCGCACAGCCGAGGGCUGUCAGCUGCAGACCACAAGUACCUCCGAGACAACAGAGUCCGAGACAGUUAGCGACACCACAGACGCCACGAUACUGGCCGAUACAACCAGUUCCAAGUCAUCCGCUGACCUUCUACAACUCCCCCACUGGAACUGCACCGGCGGCUGCCUGUGCUGGGUGGAGUACGACGAGGAGGGAACGCUGAAUACCGCCAAGUGCGCCAAGGUGUGUGUGGAUGACCAGAACAAACCUUGCCUUAAUAUGGCCCACUGUCGCUGUGACCUGGCGAGUGGCCAGCUAGCUUGCACUGAUGACGGCGACGAGGAGUACAGCUCCGAGGAGGUCCGCUAUGUCUGCAAGGUGCCGAAACCCAAGGACACGAGGGCGGAGGCCAUGGCCGAAGGCAGAGACCUUGUAAAGACCACCACUUCGGCACCCAAAUGGCUGAUCCUAAUGGGCUGGUGUGCAGGUAUAAUCGUCAUAGCGGCCAUUGCAGUCGCAGGCACAAAAAUGUAUCGAAAAUCCACUUCCAGACGUAAUGAUGAAGGCACAGAGGGGAUUUACGAAAACACUCUCUAAUAUUCGGUUCAAAAUUUAUUUUUAGUUUAAGCUUUUAGGCUUCAAAUGUUUUUAAUAUUUAACCGUUCAAUGCAAAACUGUCUCCAUUCCAUGUUUAACAAAUUUCAAAUAAAACAAAAAUGAGUGAGAUACUAAGUAUACAAUAUAUUGUAAUCUUUGUUAUAUUUACAAGAUAUGUAAUGUUCAAAAUAAAAUUUAAAUUAUUUUAAAGGGA